CCAAAAAAAUGGAAGAAGGACAGGUGUAUGACAUUACCAAUUUCUAUAACCGAAAACCUGUAUCAAAAUAUAAAGUUGCUGGUCACGUGGUAGAAGAGUGUUUCAAUGAGUCAACAAAGUUUGAGCCUGUAAUGGAUGCAUUCCCUCCAAUCCCAGAAUAUUCAUUUAACUUCCUUCAUUUUGACAACUUGGAGGACCAGAUGAGGACUCAGACAGUACUUAAGGGUAUGUUUAUCAGUUCUAAAUAAACAACUUCUAAAUUUAUACAUUAUAUUAAAAGUCAAAUCAUGCUAACAAUUUUUAUUUUUAUUUUUUAUGCAAGAUGUUUACGGUUGUAUCAAAUCACUGAUACCAGAACAUCAAGUUACUGUUAAAGACACUGGAAAAUCGGAAUCAAAAUGUGAAAUCUUUGUAGAAAAUUUGAGGAGGGAGGAUAUCAGAAUUACCUUCUGGGGUGACAUAGCUAGAGAGUUUGAUAUGGAAAGAGUUAAACAGUUAUCCCCACCAGUGCUCGCUGUAUUCACAGGUUUAAGGUUGACCAAAUUCCAAGAACGGGUAACAGCAGCAACAACAGGCCAUACAUGCAUCAUCAUCAAUCCAGAUAUUCCAAUAGCAAAUGAAUACAAAGCUGAUUCUCGAAAGCAGGCGACAAAGUGAAAGUACUUCCUGUACCUUUCAAACGGCCAACAGCAGAAGAGAUGAAAGACAAAACAACAAAGUCGG